AUGGCAGAGAAGAAUUUGUUUUCUUGGACGGCUUUGAUAUCUGGGUUGGUACAGAGUGGACAAUGGAUUGAUGGGUUUAAUCUCUUCAUUGAAAUGAGGAGAGCAGGGGUUGAUAUUGUAGACCCUUUUAUUCUUUCAAGCAUUGUUGGAGCCUCAGCUAAUUUAGCAGCAUUGGAGCUUGGAGAACAGAUUCAUUGCUUAGUUUUAUCUCUUGGUUAUGAAUCUAGUUUAUUUGUUAGUAAUGCACUUGUUGAUAAAUGUAGUGACAUACUAGCAGCAAAGACCAUUUUUUAUACUAUGUGCCGAAGAGAUAUAGUUUCUUGGACUUCAAUUAUAGUUGGGAUGGCCCAAUAUGGACGAGCAAACGAAUCAUUGUCUCUGCAUGAUGAGUAUUAUGGAGAUCCGGGUAGAUUUCUGCAAAUCAUCACAAAUCUCAUGGGUAAUUCAAUCAAGAGGGCCGGAAGCGCGGCGGACCUGGAGAGCGACGAAGCGGGUGGCGGAAUCGUUUACGGUUCGAUAAUUGGGAGGGAGCAGGUUGGUGAUGAGAGCGUGAACCGUUUCGACGAGGUUGUCUCUGAUCCAAGAGACUGUACAGAUUUCUACGAUGACAGCAGUUGUAUCGGAGGUGAGAAGAUUGUCGUCGACUUUGAAGACGAACUUGUCGUUCCAGGUUGGGUUCGCAUUGCCGUUGCUAUCGACUCGGGUUGUUUGUUUGUGGUCGGGGCUAAGCCAUACGAUGGCAUUUUCAGCAGCUAUGUUGCUAUUGGAAUGGAAAUGCUAUUGGAAUGGAUGUUGUUUAUUUAUAUUGUUUAUAGGCUGUUAUUGGAAUGGAUGUUGCUUAAUUACAUUAUUUACAGGUUUUCAGCAGCUAUGUUGCUAUUGGAAUGGAAAUGUCAAGAUUUGAAGACAGAGCAACUGUUUCUGGAAGCCACU